AAAGCUAGCUCCCACCCAGUUCUCUCGAGAUCCUCAUUAUCACAUGACCACAAUAGUAGACAGGAACAAGAAGUGAUGGACUGUUAUGAAGUGUGAGCGUUUGAAAGGUGCUUCUUAAAACUUCACAAACAUGUUUAUUGUUCAGGUGGGUACGUUAUUGAUAGCGUUGGUAUAUUACGGAAAUGCUCAAACGUCUAUUGUCGCUGUAAACACCACCAUCCCGGGUUCAGAGCUGAGCGCAAACGGCUUGAAGCAACGCGCCGCGGUAGUUGUGCCUCAGUCGCCCGUGUUUCACCCUGGUCUCCGUUCCCAGUUCUCGCUCAACCUGUUGUCGGCGUUUCCAGAAGAUCUGGAGGUCAGCGAUUACUGCUUCGAGCUGCUGGCUAUUUUUGGGCAGCGAUAUUCAACGUAUGUGAAUUGUUUGGUGUCCGCCGCGCGCCCUGUCAAAGUGUGCCAAAACUGUUAUGGCACCUACAGCAACCUUAUGGAAAUCUACAAAAACAUAUCAUCAGACCAGAUGGGCCCAGGGAAUGUGAGCUGCAGAGACAGCCUACUGCGUUCUGAUAGGCUGAUGCUGGUGUUCCUGCUCUACAAUAACCUGGAGGACAUCUGGACUGCUUCAGAAUGUAACCGUUGUGUAAGCCCGGGACACCACAGCCUGACCAAUGACACCCUUUACUUCAUGGCAACUCUGAACCAGUCCCUCAGCUGCUUCGAGAAGUACCAGAAGGGCAACCACUCAGAGCUUUGUAAGGAAUGUAAGGCCACAUACAGAGGACUGAAUGAGCUGUACAGCCGCAUGGAGAAGAAUCACACCCUCUGCAUCGACAUCGAGGACUCGAUGAAUAUGACCCGCAUACUGUGGAGCAAGAAUUUCAAUUGUUCCUUCCCCCGGGCGGAGACUGUUCCUGUCAUUGCCGUGUCCAGCUUCAUGCUCUUUCUGCCCGUCAUCUUCUACUUGAGCAGCUUCCUUCACUCUGAACAAAAGAAACGCAAGCUCAUACACCCCAAACGAGCCAAGUCCAACACCAGCUUCAUGAACAUCCAGGACAAGUUCAGCUGAGGAGAGGGAGGGAUGAGGAAGAAAUGGAAGGGAAUGAGGAUAAGAUAGAGAA